CAUUUUAUCUUAUCUUUCUACCUCUCUACCUCUCCCAGCUCAUUGCUCUCCCUUUAUUCCCUCUCCUAUAUAAAUCCCUCACCUCUCCCUUUCUUCCUCCUUGUUGCCCUCAACCCCUCUCAACCAUGACAAAGUCCGUAGAGAUUCAAGAUUGCAUCUACCCAAGAGAAGCACUUCUCAUAACCCCAAGCAAAACGACACCAAGAUACACGCUAUACCUCUCAAAUCUUGACGACCAACCCUUCUUAAGGUUCUCCAUUAGAUAUCUUUAUGUCUACAAAAGAUCAACUUGUGUUGAGAAGUUAAAGAACUCUCUCUCAAGAGUCCUUGUUGAUUAUUACCCUUUGGCUGGCAGAGUAAGGGCUAGUAGUGCUUAUGAGGGCAAGCUUGAGGUUGAGUGUAAUGGAGAGGGAGCUUUGUUUGCAGAGGGGUACCUUGAUCUUAGUGCAGAGGAGUUUCUAGAAGGUUCUAGACUUCCUAAUAGGUCUUGGAGGAAGCUUCUCUAUAGGAUGGAGGGUCAAGGGUUCUUGGGUGUUCCUCCUCUUGUCAUCCAAGUAAUUCAUCUGAACUGCGGGGCAUGAUCCUAGUGAUU